UUUUGCAAAUGCCCACCCCUAAAAUAUUUUGUAGCGGCGACUUCUUGUGAACUGACAACGCUACUUCUCCCCAGCACCCCACUCUAAACAGAAAUCGCGUUCAAUGAUAUCAUCAACGGUGGUGGCCAAGUGUCUGCAGCUGCAGCAGCAGCAACGCCCGUGCUUCUUCUGUUCCCGCCAAAACAUCUGCACAACAGUCUCCGCGACGGCCAUCAGUUUCAGUUCAAAACCCCAAUAUUCAUCAUCAUCAUUCUCGCAUAUCAAACAAGAAGAUCAUCAUCAAUCCCCCCUCUUCUCUCCUCUCAUUUUACCCACAAUACACCCCAAUUCGAUUCGUUCCACCCUAACUGUUAAAUCAUCGCAUUUUAAUCUCCCUCUCAUUUCUCCCCAUGAUCAAUGGGGCACCUGGACUGCUCUCUUCUCCGUCGGCGCUUUUGGUAUCUGGUCAGAGAAGACAAAGAUUGGGAGUACAUUGAGUGGUGCGUUGGUUAGCACUUUGGUUGGACUUGCAGCGAGUAAUUUGGGGAUCAUAUCGAGUGAAGCCCCGGCAUAUGCUAUUGUAUUGGAGUUCCUGCUCCCAAUGGCUGUUCCAUUGCUGUUGUUUCGAGCCGACUUGCGUCGAGUCAUAAAGUCCACUGGGACGCUGCUCUUGGCCUUCUUGCUUGGAUCAGUUGCAACAACCAUUGGAACUGCUGUGGCAUUUUUAAUGGUACCAAUGCGAUCUCUCGGUCAAGAUAGUUGGAAGAUUGCUGCUGCGCUCAUGGGUAGACAUAUUGGUGGAGCUGUCAAUUAUGUUGCCAUUUCCAAAGCCCUUGGCGUCUCUCCCUCAGUUUUAGCUGCAGGACUAGCUGCAGAUAAUGUUAUCUGUGCAGUAUAUUUUACAACAUUGUUUGCAUUGGCUUCCAAAAUACCUCCGGAGUCUUCAACAUCAACCAAUGAUGUUGGAUCAAAUAUGGGGUCAGAAACGAGCAACAAGCUUCCUGUGUUGCAGACUGCAACUGCCAUUGCUGUAUCAUUUGCUAUCUGCAAGAUAGCCACGUUAUUCACGAAACACUUUGGAAUUCAAGGAGGUAGCCUUCCGGCCAUUACAGCAAUUGUUGUUAUUCUAGCAACUGCAUUUCCAACACAAUUUGAUCACCUUGCACCUUCUGGUGAGGCUAUGGCUGUGAUUCUGAUGCAGGCAAGUUUGUCUCGUGUUUUUUUCACCGUGGUGGGUGCUAGUGGGAACAUAUGGAAUGUCAUCAACACGGCCCCAAGCAUAUUCAUGUUUGCUUUGGUCCAGAUCGCGGUUCAUCUUGCAGUGAUCCUUGGAUUAGGAAAGUUGUUUCGCUUUGACCUGAGGUUAUUGCUUUUGGCAUCAAAUGCGAAUGUUGGAGGCCCUACAACAGCUUGUGGAAUGGCCACAGCCAAAGGAUGGAGGUCUUUAGUUGUUCCUGGUAUUCUUGCUGGCAUCUUUGGCAUUGCAAUUGCUACUUUCCUAGGCAUUGCUUUUGGAGUGACAGUUCUUAAGUACAUAUAAACUAAUUCUGAAUAUCAGAAAACUGAGCUGAUCUGUAACUUAGUAAUUGUAAUCUAUCAAGGAAAAAACUAUACAAACAACUCAUUCAAAAUGAUGUGAUAUUGGCAUUUUUUUUAUAUGAAAAAUGGUUACAUGAGCAAAAA